CAAUCUGGUCUCUUGUUCCUCUGCCUUUUCUAAACCCAGCUUGAACAUCUGGCAACUCUCGCUCCAUGUAUGUUACUGUUUAUGUUAGUAUCAUGUGUUAUAUCUAUCUAUAUCUAUGGCUGGAUGGCUCUUUGUCAGGAGGGCUUUGAUUAUGUUUUCUUGCCCUGGUUAAGGGAGUUGGACUGGAUGGUCUUACGUAUUUUCUGUUGGUCAUGGGGGUUCUGUGUGGGAAGUUUGCCCCAAUUCUGUCGUUCGUGGGCUUCAGAAUGCUCUGAUUGUUGGUGAACUAUAAAUCUAAGUAACUACAACUCCCAAAUGUCAAGGUCUAUUUCCCCCAAACUCCCAUCUGUGUUCGUAUUUGGGCAUUUUGAGUAUCAGUGCCAAGUUUGGUCCAGAUCCAUCAUUGUUUGAGUCCACAGUGCUCUCUGAAUGUUGAUGAACUACAACUCCCAAACUCAAGGUCAAUGCCCACCAAAUCUUUCUAGUGCUUUCUGUUGGUCAUGGGAGUUCUGUGUGCCACGUUUGGUUCAAUUCCAUCGUUGGUGGAGUUCAGAAUGCUUUUUGAUUCAUUCAUCGAGGUGGAACAGAAGUUCUUAUUCGGACCAGGGACCGCAGAGAAGCUGGCAGCGUUGGGGGCCACCCUGCAAAGUGACCACUCCUUCCGGGACCAGUAUUACGAUGCCUUGGACUUCAAGCUGACCCUUGCUGACCACUGGCUUCGAUAUAGGGAGGGGGCCGGAUGGGAGCUGAAAUGCCCCCCGAAGCCACGAGAGGGCAAUGGGGUUCCAGAUGGGAUUCACAAGAGCCCAGCUGGACCAAAAGCUCCAGGUGACAACCAGCCAUUGCAAGCACUUGAAAGCCUGGGCCAGACACAUGGUGCAGUUCAAUACCUGGAGGUCACUUGCCUGCAAGAGAUUGUGGCCCGUGUCUGUGGACUCCUUGGCAUCGACCCGGCUACGGUUGGACACGAAAACAUGGCCCAAGCAGUAGAGGCUCUUGGCUUGAAGGAGUUUGCCAGCUUCGUCACCCGCCGGUGCCAAUACCGCCUAGGUGACCUGAAUGUGGACCUGGACCAGGCGGAUUUUGGCUACGCCGUUGGAGAGGUAGAAGCCCUGGUCAAGCAGCAGGAAGACAUCCCCGCAGCUCUGGAGAGCAUCCGGAAGCUGGGAAAUCAGCUGGGAUUUGAUGAGAAAACACGAAUCCCUGGCAAGAUGUCUGCCUACCUGCAUCGAUUCAGACCAACGCACUACGAAGCCUUGAUACAAUUUGGAAGGCUCAGGAAGAUGGGAGACGGAGUACAUGAGCCAAAGGAAAAGAAUGUAUAGUAGGGUGAGAAGGGAUGCUCCUAAGGAAAGGACCCUCCAUCUAGGCUUUAUGUACUAGUGAUAUCCUCAAAUAGGAGAAAUUAAUGUGAAUAGAAUAGUAAAGAAAUAUA